GCGGAGCAGCGUGUGCGUGUGAGUGUGUGCAUGUCUGUGUGUGAUACCAUUAGCAAUGCAAAGUCCUGCUGCUCCGUUGCUCACUGGCACAGAUUUGUUCAAAAAGCCUCCAUGCAUAAAUGUGUCCGGAUGUUAUUUGUUAUAAGCAUCAUCUGAAGACCCGGAACAAAAAAUGAACUGGGCCUCAUUUUAUGCUGUCAUCAGCGGCGUCAACAGACACUCCACUGGAAUCGGUCGCAUCUGGCUUUCCGUGCUGUUCAUUUUCCGCAUCCUAGUCCUGGUGGUUGCAGCGGAGAGCGUGUGGGGGGACGAGAAGUCUGGCUUUACUUGCAACACCCAGCAGCCGGGCUGCAACAGUGUAUGCUACGACCACUUUUUCCCCAUCUCUCACAUCCGCCUGUGGGCCCUGCAGCUCAUCUUGGUCUCCACUCCUGCCCUGCUGGUCGCUAUGCACGUGGCCCACCGGCGGCAUGUGGACAAGAGGCUCUACAAGCUGUCAGGGAAGAGCAAUCCCAAAGAACUGGAGCAAAUCAAGAGCCAAAAAAUGAAAAUCACCGGCGCCCUCUGGUGGACAUACGUCAUCAGCCUGUUAUUCCGGGUCACAUUCGAGGUGACCUUUAUGUACGUCUUCUACAUGAUUUACCCCGGUUACAAGAUGAUCCGUCUGGUCAAGUGUGACUCAUACCCCUGCCCCAACACAGUGGACUGCUUCGUAUCCCGCCCCACGGAGAAAACCGUCUUCACCGUGUUCAUGUUGGCCGUGUCGGGUGUUUGCAUCCUGCUCAACAUUGCGGAGGUCGUCUUCUUGGUGGGGAAGGCCUGCGGCAAGCACAUGCACAAUGCUGGAGACUCAACCACAGGGGCUUGGCUCCAACAUAAACUCGUAAUCGGGAAGUAAAUCUCCCUAAAAAUGUUUCAUACAUACCAGUUAUUUUAGCAUUAAUUGCCAAUUAUUAACCUUUGAUUUACGUUAUGAAAGUACAAUACACUAUAUAGAACAAUACACUAAGAUUCAAUACAUGUAUAUUUUUGUGUUGUACAUGCAGUGGCAACAUUCUGCUUCUUUUAGACUAGAAUUGUUGUCAUUGUACUGAAAAGUAACAAAUGUCUUCUGUCUAACUGGUGAUUAAGUAGAAAUGAAUGAACAGUAAACUUACAGUGCAAUA